AUGGCCCGCUCUCCGCCACGCACCACCAAGAAGCGUCCAGAGGCCAUCCAGACCUCUAUCGACAGGAUAGAGGCAGACCCCGCCCACCAUCUCGCAGGGCCUUUUAGGCCGCAGACACCAUUGGGGCAGUGGCCUGCCACUCCGUCCCCUGUCACCCCUUCCAGGUCCUCGUCACCAGUCGUUCGCUGGUCCACCGAGUCGCGUGGUUUCUGGCAAGACCUCAAGUCUUUGCGAUGGGUCGUCGUCCCCAGCUCGUCGCUGAAGAUCCUCCUGCUCGUGUUCAUACUAUGGGCCAACUGGGAGCUCCUUGCACCAUAUAUUGCAAAGGACACGCCCAACCCCUUCGCCCCACUCCUCUUCAUCUCGCACCGGAUACCGGAUACCCCUGAAGAUGACCCGCGUUAUCAGAAGGGCUACCUGGACCUUGCCUUCCUUGCCUACUAUAUCGUCUUUUGGUCAUUCGUCCGGCAGACCAUCACGGUGUACCUAUGCAGGCCCGCUGCCAAAUGGUUUGGCAUUCGGAGGGAGACUAAGCUGGACCGUUUCGGCGAGCAAGGGCGUAUGGGGUCUGGUGAGCGUUCUUCCGACACCGUCCCGAGGCUCCUCUGA